AUGGACUCAAACAAACUAGACUCGGAACUCGAGUCCUUCAGACAGCAAUGGCUAUCAGAAGUGCGAACUAAAAAGGGCGAGCAGAGUGCUCCAGGACCAUCUACCUCCAGCGCAUCUACGUCUGCGGCACAGCCUGUGUCCCCUCCAUCCCCACGAUCAAAGAAGUCGAGAGCCCGGGUCCCGUCACCAGUAAAGUCCAGAAAGGCACUGCCAACGGUAGAAGAUGACGAUGACUACCUCCAUGGCCGGUCCUUCGACGAGGGCCCUGAGCCAGCGGGCAACACUAUCGACGGGUCGGUGAGGAUGCCGCCUGAGAAGGAACUCGUUUCAGCACUGGAUCACUAUGAGGAAGCGAUGGAGAAGGAGGCCCUCGGUAACAUGGGCGAUAGUCUAAAGCUCUACAGAAAAGCUUACAGAUUGGACAACCGCGUUGAUCGUAGAUAUCGCGAGAAGCAUUUCCCGCAAUCACACGCCAAACCACACACAGAAUCCAGUUCGUCAAAACCGGCCACAACAGACGCCACUACAGCACAAGACCAAGAUGCACCAGUCAUCCUACCCAUCAAAGACCUCAUCGCCAGCUUCGCCACUCUUCAAAUUGAAGCCGCACCCCCUCAAAUAGAAGGCACACCACCGCCACCAUGCCCCAUCUCCCAUCUACCCAGCGAACUCCUCAUCCACAUCAUGCAAGACGUAGCGGCCCUCGAUGUCGGCGACUUCAGCCGCCUGUCGCUGGUGUGCAAACCGUUCGCCUACAUAGUUGCCACGGAGCAGCGAAUAUGGCGGCAUGUUUCGCUCGGGACGAAGUUUGGCUUCACGGGCAUGCACUACCACUGGAACAGAACGGUAGAAUGGGAGGCGUUAAAAGACGAGGAAGAGGAGCAAGAGGACGGAACACUAGUGAGCAUGCGGGAACUCGCAGAGCGACGACUCGCCGAAAACGUAGCCAUCACCAAGUCCCUCAUUCCAGAUCCAUAUCCAACCUGGAAAGCAAUCUUCCGAUCUCGCCCGCGUAUCCGCUUCAACGGCUGCUACAUCAGCACGGUCAACUACAUCCGUACGGGCCAAGCGUCCACCAACCAGGCCACAUGGGGCGGAGCGCCGAUUCACAUCGUCACGUAUUACCGAUACUUGCGGUUCUUCCGUGACGGCACGGCCAUCAGCCUCCUGACGACAUUUGAACCCACCCAAGUUGUGCACCAUCUGACCAAGGAUUUGCUGCAUUUACAUCGAGACAACGCGCACGCGUAUUUACCGUCUGCACCCAUGCAGAAGGCGUACAAGGGGCGCUGGAGGCUGUCCCUCGGCCAGGAGGAUGGUGUGCAUGCUGGUCCUGGGGGGGAGGAUGAGCAGCUACAGGAGGGGGAUUUGACGGUCGAGACGGAGGGAGUGGACUCAAAGUACAUGUUUCGAAUGGACCUGUCGCUUCGGACGGCGGGUAAGGCUGCGCGUAAUAAUAAGAUUGUGUGGAGGGGUUUCUGGAGUUAUGACAAACUUACCGACGAUUGGGGCGAGUUUACGCUCAAGCAUGACAAGGCAUUCUUUUUUAGCCGAGUAAAGAGUUAUGGGAUGGGGGAAUAG